AUGGUGCUGCGAGUGAUUACAGGGGUGCGUGCCCCUGCACCCAGCCAGAAGGAUAAGAAAAACAAAUCAUCGACUGGUUCCUUGCCCAAGGAGUCGCCUCGGACUCCUGCCGAUACCGAUGGAACCACAAGCCAAGUCGCUCGCCGAAAGUCGGAGAGGCAUCGCACGUUUGGAUGGGUCGACACCGAGCCCGGAUUGGAAGUCGAGGCGCUCGAACCCGGUGACGUCCUCAAUGAGCAUGGGAUUCCCGAACGCGUGAUGCUCUCAUAUCUGCAGGGGGAGAUCGAGGGUGAAGCUGCGGUCAAGAACCUUCCAGCCGCCAUCCUCCUAAUUGUUUGGUUCUUCCUGAUGAAUUUGGCCCAUGAGCAACCUGACACGAUUCACAGCGUCGAGAAGGCCAUAGACUAUGACAUCGGUGAGAACGCCAACUUUGCCUUCUCCAGCCCAUUGUACAUGGGACACAAGAACUUCCAGGAUGUUAACACAUUUGCAGAUUGGUACUCCUGGAUGAAUCUUGGGUUCUCGGCUAUCUACUUUCCGACGUCUCUGGCAGUGUCUGAGGGAUCGAGUUCUGUGUUGCCGUCGAUGACUUUCCCCGAAGCAAGUAUGUAUUUGUCGCACAAUCGGAAGGUUGGAGGCGUGAAGCUUGUUCAGCAAAAGCUGGUCGAUGCAGAAUGCACGAAUCCCACAGUGGCGAAUGCCAUGGAGCUGGACCCUUGCUUCCGCUUCGACGGCCUGGACUUGAGGCUCAAGCCGACCGAGCUGGACGUCUCGCAGGAGGAUUUGAUCGAAAGCAGCGAUGCUGUCACCGUCGAAUGGCUGGACUACCUCAUGGAGUUUCCUAACAUCACGGUUUUCGACCAACUGCGAGAUUUAGAGGUAAAUCGCUGGCUGAACGAUCGCACUUAUCGUGUGAAGGUCAACUUCAUGACGUACAAUGCCUAUUAUGACCUCUUGACCUCGACCAGUAUCCAUUUCAUGUUCGCCAUUUCAGGCCGCAUCUUCAAGCAGAUUACGCACAGGUCCGUAAUCCUGGAAGCUCAUGCUUCUUGGGAGAGCUGGGCCUUCGAGGUGCUUUUCUUCGGCCACAUACUCAUCCUCUUCUUCAACGAAGGCUUUGAAGCGAUUUGCUGCUUGCGGGAGCACAAGUGCCGUUUUGCGAAAGCCUGGAAGGCAUAUUGGAGUUUCUGGAACUUUGUAGACUGGGUCUCCAUCAUCCUUGCCUUUGCUAUUCUUAUUACGUGGAUCACGCAGAAUAUCGGACAGGCAGACAUAUCCAGCACUCUCCAGAACUAUGUGCCUGUCCACUCCGCUUGCCGGCUGUCUGCGAAUGUGACAACUUCGUCCUGCGCUGCGGCAAGAGCCUACGAUGAGAAACUCUUUGAUGACAUGGAAGCGUUGGGUUUCGUGAUCAGGGCGAACCGAUGGAUCUCUGGCUUCUACCCAGUCUGCAUCAUCAUGCGUCUGUUUAAAGCCUUUGCGGCGCAGCCUCGCUUGGCCAUCGUGACGAAGACGCUGGCGUUGGCUGCAAACGACUUGACACACUUCGGGAUUGUUUUCCUUUCCAUCUUCUUCGCCUACGUUGCGAUGGGAAUGGCAUUCUUUGGAAGAGAGGUUGAAUCCUUUGCUUCGUUUGACCGUGCAUCGCUGGCCCUGCUUCGUGCCUUGAUGGGUGACUUCAGUGUCGAAGACAUGGAGUUGCGUGGCCGGCCGGUAGCUUUCUUCUUUUUUGGCACCUACAUGAUGGCUGCCGUUUUGUUGCUGCUCAACAUGCUCAUUGCCAUCCUCAUGGACGUCUAUGGGCAGGUUGCAGCUGGAUCGCGAACGAGUGAGUCCCUCUGGCAUGAGUGCUACGACAUUGUGCGACGUGGAAUUUCAAAGUGGUCCGGAGGUCACACACCUCUCCCCGAGGUAGUGAAAGCCUACAUCGCUUCUCGUGGCGAAGAAGCCUGGGAAAGCGACAAGGUGAUCAGCGUCAGGGAUGUCAUGGAUGCAGUGCCAGGGCUGGACCAGGCUCAGGCCGAGGCAGAAAUGACUGCUGCUUUGGAGGAGUAUGCGCAGGAGAAUGCGCCCCACAUCGAGCUAACAGAGGUGAUCUCGACUAUGGGCAAGUACUUGGCCAAGGGGGAGGAGGAGCCAGCUCCGGUGCUGAGAAGUGUCGUCGACGUCGCCAGGAAUGCAGAAACUGUAGCUGGCGAAAAUGUGUCGGAAGCGGCACAGGAGCUUGUCAGAGCAGGACUGUCUGUGGAAGUACUUCUGCGGGCUGCGGCUAUCACUCUCGACAGCAGUGCGCAGCGGCUUGACAAUGGCAAAGCACAAGUCUCUGCAUUGCGGCACGUCAUCUCUUCGGCGGAGAUCCUCUGCAGCGAGGACAAGGCGAUCAUGAUGUGCCAGUUGUGA